UACUAAGGCUAAAUCAAGAACUGAAGUUUUGGCUGUGUUCGGAAUCACUCCGUAUCCACGACAUUCAGGCCUGUCAAACUGAUUUCCCUCAAAGGGCCAUGAUGAUUGUGAAAGCAUAUAAAUGUAUAAUCGCCUAAUCAUAUGAUGACAUGAAAAAAUAAUAUUACGUUUGGUAGCGCUAUGAGCUCAUGGUUGUUUCUAUUGUGGAUUGUAGGCAUAAAUUCUGUGAGUCGGAAGCAGUUCUGCCAGUUCAAAGGUGACACAGGGCAGGUUAAGUAGGUAGUGUCGGUUGUCCACUAUGUAGUGCCCUCCAUAUAUCACACAAUGCAUCUAGAAAAGUUGUGAACAACCGAUGGGCACUAGAAAAGCAAUAUAUCCCAUGAUGCCUUGCACCGUCUCGUUAGUCAUGGCUUGAAAAUAUCUUCGAUGGACUAUUUGUAUAAUUUUUUUUCAAGUACACUCACAAAAACAAUGUUAUGAUAACUUAUUUGUUCAAUUUUUUUUUUUUUUUUUUUUUUUUUUUUUUUACAGAAGUUCGACCAGCUAACAUUGAUCCGCUACGUUGUUAUUUUGUAACAGCCAGAGGGAAUUAAUGGCACCUGAGUAGUUUUUGAAAACUGAUUUUUCAUUGACUGAUGAGUAAACUAUAUAGACAGACCACAAUAUAAAAAAAAAUUAAAAUAAAAAUCCCUUAAUAGUGUUUUAGGGAGUAGGGAUUGAGUGAAUGAUUCCAAACACAGCCCAUGUCUUUGGACUUUUACAUUGUGACUCGUUUUCUUCCGACGCCGGUGAAGUUCGUAUGUGGUCCGAUGGUCCAUGUUGGUACCGCUGUUGUGUUUCCUUCCUAUUUCCUGGAACGGCACCCUCAGUGAUGCCAGAGCGCCCCCUGACAAAAGUCCCGCAUCCCCUAGUGCUCACCAACAGUGCGCCUUUGAGUUUGAAAGCGGCAGCGACUCUGACUCGGACCGUCCGGACCCCGAUGUCGUUAUGGAUGACCUCGCCAGCCGACGCUUCCGCAGCCCCUCGCCGGCGCCCCCUGCCAACUUCUCCGUGCCCAUCGGCCCGUCGGUUUCGGGAAGGGCGCCGGGGGGGCCCUGGCCGAGGGUGACCGUGAGCCCCAGUGUUGCUCGCAGCGGCGACGCCGAAGAACAGAAAGCCGAGCGCCGCCCCCCGGUGUCCUCUGACAGCCUUUUCAGUGAUCUGUACGCCGACUCCGAGGACGAGGACAACGAGGUGGGAUACGCAGACCCCGUGCAAGACGACCUCUACGCCCGCAAGGUGGGAGCCAGACCCUUGGUGGGAGGCGAUCCCUCGUACCACAAGUUCUUGCCCAAGUUGUGGACACCGCAGGAGGACAUUCACGUCCAGAUCAAGAUGGGCUCUCAGAGGCCGUGGUACAGGAAGAUGCAAGGGUUCAGCCACGAGAAGUCGGGCUCCUCGUCGGACGAUUCCGAGCCUGACGGCACUCCUCGGCUGCCCUCGGGCCCCUCCCCCCCUCGGCCCUCCACGGCUCAUAGCGCCCUCGUUGUGGGGAAAAGUCAUCCUGUGCACCCUCACAGCACCCCACACCUACCCAGGACCGCUUUAUUAGAGACCCCGUCUCUGGCGUUCCCCCCAGUGGACCCCACCUCAGGUCCCAGACUGGUCAAAUGUCAGCAAUGGCCCCUGUUAGGGCGCCAAGACCCCCGAGAGCCUCCGGACCCGAUCGAUUACGAGAGCAUUGUUCCUGAUUUGGAGAACGAUGACAUGUUUGCCAGGCGGACCCUCGCCUUCCAGUCCAACAGCGAGCUCGCCGCAGCCAAAACCCCGCUGUUGGCAAAACGUUGCCUCUUCACGUCGGAGGAACAGAUCAAUAUCGUGACGCAGCUUCCUAAGGAGGAGGAGGAGGAAUUUCCCGACAUCGAGCAGGACGACGUGGUCCAACGUUGGGAGAAAAUCCAGCAACAGCGACGCCCCCUGUCGGGCGCCCCUGACAACUUCUCCCCAAUGGCCAUCCCUGAACCCUGGGACCUCCCUCCUGAACUCAAGACCAGGCUCCUGUGCCCGCCGUGCCCCCUCACGCGGGAGUCAUCGGCAAACAAAUCCACCCGCGUCCGAACGGAGCCGCGUCCCGAAACGGACGACAUGCUGGUCCGAAAGCUCACUGCGCAGCCCAGCCAGGUGUCAGCCAAUCAGGCCAGCCUCUGUGCGCCAACUUCCUGUUCAGAGGGCGACCUGCAGAGAUGGCAGGCCAUCAGGGAAGCUAGUCAGCGGAGAUACAAGAAGCGGCUGAUGGUGGAGAUGCUAACGACUCUCAAGUUGUAGGAAGGCUCUGCAGUUCCACAUUUAGCUGGAAAUAUUUUAUGUCUCAACUUAGUAAGGAUUUAUUGUUGCAAGUUCUGUUAAGGUUUGCUGCAAACAGUUGGGAAAUAUCUUGUUCUUUUUGUUGUUGCUAUAGGUUGGAGGGUUUGUGUUUUUCAAAUCGGAUAUUUUCGUAUGGUUUCCUGUUGACUGGCUAAUGGAGAUAUUAACAAUGCAACUGCUGCAUGUUAGGUUAUUUUUGGAAGUGUGUUUUGUGAACAAAUUUUAUUAACACCAUACUUCCUCAAAUAGUGGCCUCCUUACUAUGACUCUCGACUUGUACCACAGCACACAACCUUGACAGAGCAGAGGUGGCAUCUGUAAAGCUGAAAGGGAAGUGGAUAUAAACACAAGCGGGUAGUGUCCAUUGAAAUGAUGAGACUCGCAUGGUUGUGCGAGAGAGGUCUUCUCCAAAACCGACGCUGCUUGCAGAGCAGACGUGGCAUCUGUAAAGCAGACAUUUCCCUUGGAUUGGAAAGGAAAUGUUUGAAACACACAAAAGUUGAGAAAAAAUCAUCUUCAAUAGGGAGAGGCCAUGAUGUGAUAAUAACAGAGCAACACUGUCCAAUUCUAUUUUUGUGUUCCACAAGUAAAAUAAUACUUGAUACAAUGUAAUAUUUAUUGGAAUAAACACAGAAUUUUUUUUUUUUUUUGGGGGGGGUGGGGUUGAUCCGAAACACAACAAAAAUUAUACUACCGUUACUACAGUAGAUGACUGGUACUCUCUGCAAUUAAAUAAAUACACACCUCUGGCCUUUAUAUGAAAAAUGUAUAUGUACGAAUAAUAAUACUCCAGCUGAUGACCACCUUACAACUUUAACUCUGCACUUGAGUAAAUAAAAGCACCUGGCCACUGUGUGAGGAAAUAUGAUAUUUUAAUGUACUUUUGGAGGGUUUUCUCAACUGAGUGGAUUUAAAAAAAAAUACUGGACCUUAUUAAAUAAAAAUUAUACUGUUUAUACUGUUUAUAUUGUGUGGAAUGCACCUUCCCACUGAUCACACUGACCGAAGUGUUGCGAUUGGUCGCGAAAGCCUUCAGAAAUUCCUCAUAGUGCCGACGGAGGUUGCAACUUAAAUGAUCUCUAUGGCAACCACAACAUCCAUUUGCACGUCCACAAAGCACCCGUUGAAGCCGAAUUGCGUGGGGGUGAAGUACUUCACCUGUGUUUCCUGGAGAGUCUUGUAAAAGUGAAAAGAUGAUGUCAUCCAUGCGUGCGCGCACACACACACGAUAUAGUGUAAAACAUUUGGGAUGCGCACAAGUGGACAGCAUCAGGUCCCAUGUGAAGAAAUGUGACACUCUUGUCUGUGGCUUCCCCCCCCCCCCACCCCCUUCCUUCUUUGGU